AUGGCCUCGAACACGACUAACAGCGGUGCUGUGGCGGGGCCGACGAAGAAGCAGGUCGAGGAGGUGGUCAGGGCCGUCUUUGAGGAAAGCAGGAGCACCAUCAACGACACGGACCGGAAGAAGGACCCGGAAUGGGUCGAUCAGCUAGUCGACUUUGUGGCAAAGAGGCUGAGCAUCAAAAACGACGUCUCGUCAAACUCGUCUCAGCCGCCGACGCCCACGGACUCGACCUGCCCGUCGAGCACCGUGUCGACGCCGCGGUCCGAGUACAGCGAGGCCCCGGACUUCAUCUCGGUGAAGCCGUACCAGGCCACAGUCGAAGACGCCCCGGAAGAGUGCUCGGCCGAUGACGCUGAGAACUCAGACGAUGACGGCAGCAGCAGCCUCGUCGUCCCUGGGCAGGAGGUCAAGCCCACGGCCAACUCGUGCCGGCGGCGCCCCACCCCUGGGCCGGGCGCGCAGCGACCUGCACCCAAGAAGCCGCAGGUGGUGGACUGCUCCAAUCUUCCAAAUGUCUCAGUCGGGACGACGCCAGCGCCGCAGAAAGAAGCUCCCCCUCACAAGCCAGCUGCUGCACCCCUUAGCCCCCGAAAUUGCUACCUCACCCCGCCAGCGUCCCGGGCGUCCAGCCCCAAGCCCCGGCCGACGGUCCACUUUUCGGACCGGCCCAUGCCCAAACUCCAUCACCGAGACCCGCCCCGCCCGGCUGCGGCUCCGGCCACAGCUGCGACAUCGCCCACUACCGCCACCGGCCAGGGGCUGUCCGACAUUGACCUCCAAUGGGGGAGGCUCUUCACCGGCAGUGGCGAGCCGACGGUUCGGCUGCGCCAGAUCCUCUAUGGGCUGGCCAAUUACAUUAACGAUGAGUUUGAGCCCCGAGGGUCGACACUCAUCACACCGGACAAGCUCUACUCAUUCUACCGGCGUUUCCGCCUCGAGAAGGAGCUCUACCCCUUUCAACGCAUCUUCGACACGUACUCGCGCAAGUCCCUUCAGAGUCUCAAGUGCCUGUACCAGGACCUCCGCUGCGACUACUACCUCCUCCAUGGCAGCAGCGAUCCGCGAGAUCGCGGGUACCACCAAGACAUUCCGGGUCUCACAACCGACGGCUUCGCCGACUGGAUGGCCAACUUUAUGCAGGCCACGCCCGACAUCGAGGCACGCCGGCUCACCCGCGUCACCGCCAGCCUGCCCAUCGAGGUGCCACCCGUCGGCAGCGCCAGGCCGUCCAGCCGUCACCACCAUCCGCCGGAGAGACUCCCACGCCAGCUUUCGCGCCAUUUGUUCCCCGCGCGUCCGCACGAGCGGCUGCGCCAGCGCGUCUCCAACUCGGUCAUGGAGUGGGACCAGGCCAUGCACGGGUAUGCGGAGCCGUCUUCGCCGUCGUCGUCGUCGCGCCAGGGCUCGUCCUCGUCGUGGACGGCCGCCUUUUACGACGCCAUUGCCCGCAGCCUUAGCCCGACGUCGCGCGACUAUGCCGAUGGUAGUGGCGGCAGUGGACACAGGCGGAGGUACAACUACCCGCGCUCGGAGCGUCCCGUCUACAUUGAGGUCCCAUCGAGUACCGGCAGUGGGCAUCAUCACUCGUCGGCACGCGGGCGGCCCAGCGCCGGUAGGUCGUCGCGAUACCACCAGGCGGCGGCGGGGCGUGAUGACCGGGAUGAGGACCGCAAGCGCCGAUCUCGCGACGUCAUCACCACGUACGUCGAGGAAGAAACCCCUCGGCGUAGGGACGACAGGUCCCCGCGGGGCCGCCGCGACGCGCACAGGCGGGAGCGCGACCGCAGCAGCCUCGUACUUCACCCUGAAGAGUCGUACCGCUACGUGGAGCCGAGCGCUGCUCUUCCAUCACCCCCUCCUCCCCCUCUUCCCCCGGCUGUCUCCUCCUCUCUUCCCGCUGCUGCACAUGCUACCGCGUGUCCGCCCGCAUCAUACUGUCAGGUCGCCCCGCCAGCGGCGCCGCCGUCCUCAGUAGGCGUCUCGUCCGCGACGCUCAACCGCGCGGAUAACUACGCGCUCUUCCAGGGACGGUGCGAGUCGGGCCCGGGGCCGACUUACGAGGAGUUUCUGAGGGAGAGGGACACGGCUGCUCAUUCGCGGCGUCCGCGAUACGGGGGCUGA